GCCUUGGCCUUCCAAAGUGCUGGGCUUACAGGCAUGAGCCCCUGCACCUGGCCUCAUUUUAGUUUUAGUAAUACAGCUUGGGCUCAUUUAAAAGUCAUAUCCUGCUAUAGUCUUAUUAUUGCUGGGGUUUUAUUAAAGAAUGUAGUGUAAUUUGGUGCCCAUGACUUAACUUUUCUUCGUCUUCAUUAAUGUUAAUAUUAGACAUUCAUUUUAGAUGAAUUAAUUUAUGUGUGGCAAAAGGAAAUAAAUUUUUACUGAAAGAUAAGAGAAAUUCUGGGAAUACAGAUAUACAGACUGAUGGAGACACAGCCCCACCAGUAGUUUAUCUAGCUGAGUUGGGGAUUUAUUCAUAUUUCUUCCAUUUCAAAGAUUGUGUUGGUCUCCCAGGAGUAUUUUUUGAAGCUCUUUGUGCAGAGGAGAGAUCAAUAUUAUUUAUCAGAGGAUUUCCUUGAGCAUGCAAAUUAUCAUAUAUGUUUGCAAACCAGAUCUAUGUAAAAGAGAUGGUUUUGAAUCUAAUUGCAUUUUUUGCAUGAGCAUUUUUAUAUCCUCUAGAAAUAUAUCACAAUUGUGUGGAAAAAUUUAAUAUUUUACAACAUAUUGUAUGUGACAUUAAUGUGCUCGCAUAGCUGAUCCUUCCCUGUUUUUCUUCCAACAUCAAAGUAGUAACAUUUCCCCUGAGGUUUGUUCAGCUCCUCCAGCCUUCUCUUGGUUUUGCCAGCAGGUGGGGCACUAGCUCCUUUUAAAGUCAUCAGCCACAUGUCCUGAGGCUCGUUUUCUUUUCUUCCAGAGGUGGAGGGGAUUGUCUUGCCGCGUCACUCUGAAGUGACCCCAUGAGAUCCUGUUGAGCCGUGACCCGGGAGUGGGUAGAGGAGGUGGGAAAGGUGUGUGUUAGAUCUAAAAUAGUCUCCAGGAUUUUCAUGCCUGGAUUUGUUGAGCUAAUGGCUUAUAUUUCACAGGUUUUGAGUCACUUGAAUUUUACCAGUAAUUCAUGUAAAUCAGUUUGGCAACAGGUGAAUCACAUUUUGCUUGGCAUAUGUGGUCCAAUCUUAUGGUUUAGGAGAAACAAUAAAACUCAAAAACUUUGAUCAUUAUGUUAAAAUAAGUCUUAUUUAAACAAAAUACAAAUCAUGGCAACAAGCCAUUAGAAUUAAAACUGUUCUUGGAGUUGAGUUCUAGGGGAAAUAUGUAUACUGUGAGCACAUUGUGUAAAAAGCUGAGCAUAGAUUCUUCUUCUUUCUUAAGCAAUAUGCUAGAACAUUACUGACUCUGUUUUAAGAUCUAACUGCUUUAAGGAAUUGAUUGACUACAUUUUUCUAGAAUGAAACAUAAAUUUCUUACUUUGAAAUCUUAGUGAGUGGUAUUAAGUUCCAUUUUAAAAGGCAGCUUAAAGAUCCAUGUUAAAAGACAUGUCUUAGCUUAUACAUCUAUUCUAAAUGUAGGUGGUGAAACUGAAUUAUAAGAAUGUUUUUAAGAUUUAUAGACACUAAGUCAGAAUCAGAAGUUAGAAGGUUCUUUGACAAAUUUUCCUGUUGAACUUAUGUUAAUCAUUGGAUUUGAUGAAGUUUUUAAGCUUAUUCAAUGAUAUCUGAAAAUAGUAAUAGUAUCUACAAUGGAUUCUCAGAAAUGAUAACUUCACAUGUCCCUCUUAUGCAAUGUGAAAUUACAGUGCUAUCUGUUCCAUAACUGCCACCCAACUUGUACAAUAUAAAAAUCAUUUCAUGGCCCUAAUGGAGGACAGACUGUAUUCCCUUGUUUAAAGUAAAUGAGUCACUUUAAUGCAGUGUCUGAGGGGAGAGAAGGGAGUGAGAGUUCCCUUUGUUUAAGUUUGUGUUAUGGUUUUCUUGGGCAGCCAGUACGAAAGUGCAGCCCGAAGCUGUAGUUCAUUCUGUAUGUGGGUUUUAUUUCUCACAGCAGUCCGGUGUCUAUUUAACAUACGGGGAGUGGUUUCAAGUUCAUUACUAAAGCUUAUAGGUUAAAGUGCUUUGUGGGCUUGGCUAUGACUGAAGUCGCCUUGAGGGAGUCAGCCAAAACUGGGCUUGGGAACAGGAAGGCUUUCCCUGUUUAUUUGGAUUCUCAGGGUAGUCAAUUUUGCCACCUCUUGGCUUUCAGCUGCUUUGGAGAUUGGUUUCAUAGCAAGGAUUCUUUCCUUAAAGUGAUAUGGAGCAACUAUUUUCACAGGGGCACCAGCCCCUUUGCUUUUACUCUGUCCUAAGUUAACAUGUCACUGAAAACCGAGUCACGGGUAAAUACCUCUGCACUGCAGAAAAUUGCUGCUGACAUGAGUAAUAUCAUAGAAAAUCUGGACACGCGGGAACUCCACUUUGAGGGAGAGGAGGUAGAAUACGACGUGUCUCCCAGCGAUCCCAAGAUACAGGAAGUGUAUAUCCCUUUCUCUGCUGUUUAUAACACUCAAGGAUUUAAGGAGCCUAAUAUACAGACGUAUCUCUCUGGCUGUCCAAUAAAAGCACAAGUUUUGGAAGUGGAACGCUUCACAUCUACAACAAGGGUACCAAGUAUUAAUCUUUACACUAUUGAAUUAACACAUGGGGAAUUUAAAUGGCAAGUUAAGAGGAAAUUCAAGCACUUUCAAGAAUUUCACAGAGAGCUGCUCAAGUACAAAGCCUUUAUCCGAAUCCCCAUUCCCACCAGAAGACACACAUUUAGGAGGCAAAACGUCAGAGAGGAGCCUCGAGAGAUGCCCAGUUUGCCCCGUUCAUCUGAAAACAUGAUAAGAGAAGAACAAUUCCUUGGUAGAAGAAAACAACUGGAAGAUUACUUGACAAAGAUACUAAAAAUGCCCAUGUAUCGAAACUAUCAUGCCACAACAGAGUUUCUUGAUAUAAGCCAGCUAUCUUUCAUCCAUGAUUUGGGACCAAAGGGCAUAGAAGGUAUGAUAAUGAAAAGAUCUGGAGGACACAGAAUACCAGGCUUGAAUUGCUGUGGUCAGGGAAGAGCCUGCUACAGAUGGUCAAAAAGAUGGUUAAUAGUGAAAGAUUCCUUUUUACUGUAUAUGAAACCAGACAGCGGUGCCAUUGCCUUCGUCCUGCUGGUAGACAAAGAAUUCAAAAUUAAGGUGGGGAAGAAGGAGACAGAAACGAAAUAUGGAAUCCGAAUUGAUAAUCUUUCAAGGACACUUAUUUUAAAAUGCAACAGCUAUAGACAUGCUCGCUGGUGGGGAGGGGCUAUAGAAGAAUUCAUCCUCAAAGAUCAUCGAUUUGGGUCAUAUGCUGCUAUCCAAGAGAAUGCUUUAGCUAAAUGGUAUGUUAAUGCCAAAGGAUAUUUUGAAGAUGUGGCAAAUGCAAUGGAAGAGGCAAAUGAAGAGAUUUUUAUCACAGAUUGGUGGCUGAGUCCAGAAAUCUUCCUGAAACGCCCGGUGGUUGAGGGAAAUCGUUGGAGGUUGGACUGCAUUCUUAAACGAAAAGCACAACAAGGGGUGAGGAUCUUCAUAAUGCUCUACAAAGAGGUGGAACUCGCUCUUGGCAUCAAUAGUGAAUACACCAAGAGGACGUUGAUGCGUCUACACCCCAACAUAAAGGUGAUGAGACAUCCGGAUCAUGUGUCGUCCACCGUCUAUUUGUGGGCUCACCAUGAGAAGCUUGUCAUCAUUGACCAAUCGGUGGCCUUUGUAGGAGGGAUUGACCUGGCCUAUGGAAGGUGGGAUGACAAUGAGCACAGACUCACAGAUGUGGGCAGCGUGAAGCGAGUCACUUCAGGACCAUCUCUGAGUUCCCUCCCACCUGCCACAACAGAGUCUAUGGAAUCCUUAAGCCUCAAAGAUAAAAAUGAGCCUGAUCAAAACCUGCCCGUCCGGAAUAGUGUUGAUGAUGUGGAUUCAAAACUGAAAGGAACAGGAAAGCCAAGAAAGUUCUCCAAAUUUAGUCUCUACAGGCAGCUCCACAGGCACCACCUGCACAACGCAGAUAGCAUCAGCAGCAUUGACAGCACCUUCAGUUGUUUUAAUCACUAUAGAAGUCAUCACAAUUUAAUCCAUGGUUUAAAACCCCACUUCAAACUCUUUCGCCCAUCCAGUGAGUCUGAGCAAGGACUCACUAGACCUAAUGCUGAUACCGGGUCCAUCCGCAGUUUACAGACAGGUGUGGGAGAGUUGCAUGGGGAAACCAGAUUCUGGCAUGGAAAGGACUACUGCAAUUUCGUCUUCAAAGACUGGGUUCAACUUGAUAAACCUUUUGCUGAUUUCAUUGACAGGUACUCCAUGCCCCGGAUGCCCUGGCAUGACAUUGCCUCUGCAGUCCACGGGAAGGCAGCUCGUGAUGUGGCACGUCACUUCAUCCAGCGCUGGAACUUCACGAAAAUUAUGAAAUCAAAAUAUCGGUCCCUUUCUUAUCCUUUUCUGCUUCCAAAGUCUCAAACAACAGCCCAUGAGUUGAGAUAUCAAGUACCUGGGUCUGUCCAUGCUAACGUACAGUUGCUCCGCUCAGCUGCCGAUUGGUCUGCUGGUAUAAAGUACCAUGAAGAGUCCAUCCAUGCCGCUUACGUCCAUGUGAUAGAGAACAGCAGGCACUAUAUCUAUAUCGAAAACCAGUUUUUCAUAAGCUGUGCUGAUGACAAAGUUGUGUUCAACAAGAUAGGCGAUGCCAUUGCCCAGAGGAUCCUGAAAGCUCACAGGGAAAACCAGAAAUACCGGGUAUAUGUCGUGAUACCGCUUCUGCCAGGGUUCGAAGGAGACAUUUCAACCGGCGGAGGAAAUGCUCUACAGGCAAUCAUGCACUUCAACUACAGAACCAUGUGCAGAGGAGAAAAUUCCAUCCUUGGACAGUUAAAAGCAGAGCUUGGCAAUCAGUGGAUAAAUUACAUAUCAUUCUGUGGUCUUAGAACACAUGCAGAGCUCGAAGGAAACCUAGUCACCGAGCUUAUCUAUGUCCACAGCAAGUUGUUAAUUGCUGAUGAUAACACUGUUAUUAUUGGCUCUGCCAACAUAAAUGACCGGAGUAUGCUGGGAAAGCGUGACAGUGAAAUGGCUGUCAUUGUGCAAGAUACAGAAACGGUUCCUUCACUAAUGGGUGGAGAAAAGUACCAAGCUGGCCGGUUUGCCCAAGGACUUCGGCUACAGUGCUUUAGGGUCGUCCUUGGCUAUCUUGAUGACCCAAGUGAGGACAUUCAGGAUCCAGUGAGUGACAAAUUCUUCAAGGAGGUGUGGGUUUCAACAGCAGCUCGAAAUGCUACAAUUUAUGACAAGGUGUUCCGGUGCCUUCCCAAUGAUGAAGUACACAAUUUAAUUCAGCUGAGAGACUUUAUAAACAAGCCCGUAUUAGCUAAGGAAGAUCCCAUUCGAGCUGAGGAGGAACUGAAGAAGAUCCGUGGAUUUUUGGUGCAAUUCCCCUUUUAUUUCUUGUCUGAAGAAAGCCUACUGCCUUCUGUUGGAACCAAAGAGGCCAUAGUGCCCAUGGAGGUUUGGACUUAAGAGAUAUUCAUUGGUAGCUCAAGGACUUCCACCCUGAAGACCACACUGCACACAGUGACUUCCUGGAGGUGUCAUAGCCAAAGCCAGGCCCGAUGCAUUCUCGUAUCCAACCCAAGGACCUUUUGGAAUGGCUGGGGAGGGCUGCAGUCAUACUGAUGUAAGGACUCUGAACGUCAGCAAGGCUUCAUAAUUCCUUCUGCCUAACCUUGUAAAAAGGGAGCUGCAUUCUUGUUGGUUGCAUGUACUCCGUUGAGUAUAUACAUAUACUCAUUUGAGUAUGUGUUGAGUAAAACACAUAUUCAAAUUCCAUAACAUAUACCAAAACCCGUUUCCUUUGUAACAAGAAUUUACCUAUAACUGUGAUCUAGAUUGCCAAAAGAUGUCUGAAUCUCCUUAUUCUUCUCUGAUCUUCAUUUAUACAGCCAGUGUAUAGCUGGACCUGCCCUCAUCUUGCAGUUCAUACAGGCACUGUUUGAGAAAUUGUUUAUUACUAGAAGUUGUAAUGCUGCUUCAAGAUUUUUCAUGGUUACCUGGGAUGCCCCUGCUCAUCUGGUCCUGAAGUAGUAACAUUCACCCAAAUGAUGACAUAUUCCUUAUUCCUUUUCAGUCAUUGUACGAACAAGGCAGACUUUAGCCUACACAGUAGACUGUGGUAGGCACUUCUGAUAACAUUGAUACUAUAUCUUGACACCACGAAGCAACAGGAAGGAAUAACUUCCAAUACUGAGACAGAGAUUUAUUUCAUUUUGCUCCCAAAGGCAUUGACAAGAUGAGUCCUUGUGAUUAGGCCCACCUGAUCAAAUGUAAAAACAUGCGUGGGAUAUUUGAUUACAUAGCAACCAGAUAAAAACUGAGAGCCCACAGCCUUCGGAAACCCCCAAGGUGUCAAGGGGGAUCAGAUCCAGAUAAGAGAAGAUGAUUCCUUCUAGUCCUAUAAAAUUUCCUGUCAUCCUUAGCUGCUGGGUUGAUUGAAAUUUGAUUUCUACAUUUCAAAAUCAAACCAGUGAAUACAAUUUGUCUUCUCAAGAGAAUCAGAGGCAUCAUAACUCCUACCAAACUAGUAUGAGUCUAACCUUGUUUGACAUUCAGCUCUACUGCUACAUAAUCUUCUUUGAGAAAAAUUAAUUGAUUAUAAAAUAUGUGCUAUUUCACUUGUAUUAUUAAAUAUAUAUUAACCCCUCUCCCCAGGGCUUCCAGUGAAGUUACAAUGCCCUAGUCUGUGAAUUAUCCUGGAAAUGUGUUUUUCCUUUUCGGAUGAUAGAGUACCCUUUGGUAAACUAAAUUUUACUAAGCAGAACAACUCUGACAGUCUGAAGAGUUAAUGUGGGUUCUCAUAAGGCCUGUCCCUGUAAAACAAAGUGCAGGUGUAAUGAUUAUACGUGUCUAUGGAUUACCUGGACAGACUCCCGUUUGGGUUGUUCUUCAGAGAAGCAAGCAGCUGAUCCCUGUUUUCAUGAAGCUAAUACUUCAGUUGGAAAAAUUAAACAGGAGCACAAAGUCAGGGAUAGGGGUUAGUGGAAGAGAGAAAUAGUGUCACAUCAAGGAGAGGAUCUCAUAGCUAGGGAACAUUUCACAAAUAAGGUGAGAUUUUGUAACCAAUAAUAAAAAUGAAUGUUUUUAUAAGUGAAUAACUUAUUUUUCAUAUGGCUAUAGAUGGUAAAAUGACUUCAUUCUAUAGCCAUUGUAAAUAAGAAUUUGCUAUUGAUGAAAGAAGUUUAGAUUGGCAUUUGAAGUAUUGAGUGUAUAGGAUCGCUAAGGAUUUCUUAGAUUUUAUAUUUAAAUAUUUUUUAAACCUUAGAGGAAACAACAAACUGGCUCUUGAUUUUGAGCACCCUACUCUCAUGAAAAAUAGAAGGCUGAAAGGACCCUUUCCCUUAUAAGUAAUUUAAUCCAAUUUCUCCCCAUUUUAUACAUGAGGAAACUGAGGCUCAGAUCAGAUGAGGACUCACUUAAAUCCACUCAAUAUGUAGAUGGUAGAGCUGGGACUAGCAAUAUUGCUGCAGCCUACUGUUGGCCUCUCUCUUCACUUUAUCAUUGCCCAAGAAUAAGGAUAUGCAGUAAACAGAUUUCAGGCAAGAUAUCUCUAAGCUGUUUUGAACCCUCUGAUAUUUUGUAUUUAUCUGUUCGUCUGUCCCCCCUACUAGAAUGUAAGCUCCAUGGGGCAGGGACUUCACUGUAUUUUGUUCAUAGUGUAUACCCAGAACCUGGACCAGUGCUUGGCACAUAGAAGAUGUCAAUAAAUGCUUGUAGAAUUAAUAAACAAGGUGAAGGAGAGAGCUAAUGAAAUGAAAACCUUAGCUUCAUAUAA